AUGGCUACCACUACUAGUGGAAUUUAUGUACAAAAAUUUCUUAUGGUGUGUUCAACGCCUAUUCCAGAGCAAGUUAAAACUCUAUUUACCAUGGUAUUUGUUAAUGUGUCUGCUUUGAUCGAAUAUGUAUGGAAAAAUAUUAACAAAACAGAUACGUUUCAUUUGAUUAUUCCUUUGGAUUGUCUCGAACACUUACUGAACGAUCCGAUUUAUCGAUUUCCACAAGUUUUAAAUAUUGAUGUUAUUUAUGAUGGCAACAAUGAGCUAAAAGAAAUCCGACGUCGUUUUAAAUCUAAAUGUGAAAAGGUAGAAUUUUGUACUAUAUAUGAUUUAUUACGACGAUGUGAAAAAGCUGAACUUAAUAAAGCACUUGUUUCAUCGAGCCCAAUUGAUCGAAGCACAAUUGAUGCUAUUAUUUCAAUUAUAACAGAUCGCCUCCGUAUUAAAGAAUUGACUAUGUUCAAUCAUUUUUCUCCGUUUUCAAAACAAUGUACGCUCCCAUCGUUAUAUGGCUUACCUGCAAAGAAUAUCAUCGACUUUGCUCCAUGUUUUUUCUGUCCAUCAUGUAAGUUAAUUCAUCAACAACUUUAUAGACUUGAAUGUGGACACCAACAAUGUAAAGUAUGUGUGAAUAUUCAAAAGAAUUGUGCGACAUGUUGCAAAGCGGUCUCACGUGAUGAAGUAAUUAUAACAAUUGAUAUUUAUCGAUUUUCUGAAUUACUGUGUUCAUUUUUUAAGAUAUCGUUGGUUCAAGAUUUGCCAAUGAAAAUACAACAUAUUCCUAUAUACUGCUCAAGUUGUAAAUGGAUAGGAUCCCUAAAAGAUUAUCAAAUACAUUUCAAACAUCUUCAUGAUAAAUUCAUUACUUGUUUUGUUCGUAACCGAGAAAUCGAUGAAAAUAUUUUUUAUCAACAAGACUCAAGUAGAACAAAUCAAGAACUGUUACUUGGUAAUGAAUCGGAUACAUCUUUGAAUGGCACAUGUAUUUGGGAAGUUUCCAAUAUCUCUAAUCUGAAAAAUAAUGUUGCGUUUGAUGAACAAAAAUCGAUAUAUUCUUCUUCGUUUUAUUCAUUUCCUAAUGGUUAUAAAAUUUCCUUGAGAUUAUUUUUAAAUGGAGACACUAAAGCAAGAGGUACAUAUAUGUCAUUGUACUUUGCAUUAAUGAGGGGUAAUUAUGAUAAUGUUCUUCGUUGGCCAUUUCAAUUCAAAAUAACGUUUACUUUACUGAGUCAUUUAUUACCGAGUAAUAACCAGACAAAAUGUUUUUGGCCUAAUACGGAAUCAAUCGCUUUUCAACGUCCAAGGAACGAUAUGAAUAUCGCUUAUGGUAUCCCGAAGUUCGUUCCUCUUAAACUAUUCGAACAAAAUGAAGAUCAUUACGUUAAAAAUGAUAGCAUGUUCAUAAAAGUUGAAGUUGAUUAUUUGGCUGAAAGACCAAGUAUUGUACCAUUUAUAUCUGAUGCAGGUGAAUUAGUGAAUGAGGAAGAACUCGUUGACACAAAUUAUGACGAUCUUCCACGACUGCUUUGUUAUUCAGAUGCAUAA